CCACCCCGCUGCCCGCCACAUCCCAGAUCCUCAUUUGCAUAGCUCCGCCCACAUCAGUGUAUGUAUUCAUAGUUAUUUGCAUGGUACCGCCCCAAAUCAGCGCUCAUUUGCAUCACACCAGGAUGCCAGCUGAUUUGCGUGAGCCCCUUGGUGAUCCAGCCCAUCAUUUGCAUGACCGCGCUCAUUAUGCAGGUGAAAGUCCCGCCCUCUGUCCUGACCCCGCCCCCAAGCGCGGCCAUUCAUUUCUCACGAGCGUGGUUUCGUUUAGGCCCCGCCCAGCCGGGUGCGCAUUAGCCCCGCCCUUUUUGUGGGCGGACUCUAUAUCCGACCCCGCCUAUUAGGGGCGUGGUCGCCAAGAAUCCCGCCUUCCUUACCGGAAGUGACGUUGCCGCCGCCGCCGCUCUACCCGGAAGCGCCGCCGCAGCCCCGCGAUGUCGCGCGCCACCAAGCGGAAGCACGUGGUGAGGGAGCUGCUGGAGGAGCGCGUGCAGCCCGGGGAGGGCCAGAGCGUGGUCAGGGUGUUGGGGACACCGGGGAACAACCUGCACGAGGUGGAGACGGCGGAGGGGACGCGGUUCCUGGCCAGCAUGCCACCGCGCUUCCGGCGGCACAUCUGGAUCAAGAGAGGCGAUUUCCUGCUCGUGGAUCCCAUCCUGGAGGGCUCCAAGGUCAAAGCCGAAAUCUCCCUGGUGCUGCUCCCGCCCCACGUGCGCUCGCUGCAGCGCCAGGGGCUCUGGCCCGAGGCCUUCGCGCCCCUGGAGAGGAAAAGCCCCCGGGAGGGCGAUGACCAGGGGCUCUUUGUCAACACCAACCGGGGGGGGACCCCUGGGGACACCGGGGACAGCUCUGGGGACAGCGAGGAGGACACGGGGGACAGCGACGGGGACAACGAGAACACAGGGGACAGCGAGGAGGAGGACAGCGAGGACAAUGAGGAGGACACCAGGGACAGCGAUGGGGACAACGAGGAGGACACUGGGGACAGCUCGGAGCACGGCAGCCGGGGACACACGGGGGACACAGAGGACACAAGUGACACCGGGGACAACGCGGGGACCGAGGCCCCGCAGCCAAAGGACAAUGGGGACAAGGACAGCGGGGACAGGGGGGACACGGGGCAGGGGGACGCUCCCCAAUAAAGGACGCUGGUGGCACUGGGGCUGGUGGCACUCUG